AUGGAAGUCAACAUAACUUGUCAGGUCAGGCAGGUGAGGAUCAGCGUAAAUCUGAAUUCAAUCCACCUAAGCGAUCGACUCCAAAUCACUCGCGAGCAGAUUGCCGCCCGCCAGGUUGUACCACGCGAUUUGCCAAAGUUCAGCGGUAAUCCCGACGAUUGGCCAAUGUUUUUCUCCACCUAUGAGAGUACAACGACAAUGUGUGGGUACAGAGACGAAGAAAACAUGAUUCGCCUACGAAACUGCCUGAAAGACGAAGCUCUCGCCGCUGUUCGAAGCUUCCUCAUGCACCCCUCAACCGUUUCCAAGGCAAUAGCAGCGCUCAAGCUACGAUUUGGACAACCACAUACAAUAAUUAGAUGUCUUAAGGAGAAAAUAUUGGCGAUGCCUCCAAUAAAGGGAGACUCCCUGGAUCGACUAAUAGAUUUCGCCUUGUCGGUACAGAAUCUGUGUGCCACUAUUGACGCGUGUGGAACGAAGGAAUAUAUGAAAGAUGUUACGUUACUCCACGAAUUAAUCAACAAACUGACAUCACCCCUGAAACUUGAUUGGGCAAGGUAUCAGAGAACACUGAGCAAAGUCAAUUUAGCAAUUUUCAAUAAAUGGAUCUAUACGUUAGCCGAAGAUGCAUGUGCAGUUACUGAACCACACAGCAAUCAUAAGGGUAAAGUUUUCCUAAAUGCACACUCGGAAGAGCCCGCUGUCGUUGAAGAAAGAUCGUCCAUCGGUGAGUCAAUACAUAACGCGCGGGUUGCCGCUGCUACUCACGCUAAGUCGAGUAAUUCUUCACCGUUUGAAUUGCUGCCACGUGGCUCGAAUACAGACGUCAUAAAAAAAUGCCCAGUGUGCAAAGGCGGAUGCACAAGCGUCGGAUUAUGUAAUAUCUUCGAGAGACUGUCAUAUGAAGCACGAUGGUCUAUAGCACGCGGGAUGAAAAUAUGCCGAAGGUGCCUCAAACAACACAGAGGAGGCUGCAGUGGCAAAGUUUGUGGGAAAAAUGGAUGUACCUUCAAGCAUCAUCCAUUGCUUCACAAAGACUUUGUAAUAUCUCACGAAACAAACAGCCAAUCGAGUCGCGAAUCAGAACAUGACCUUCACACGCACCAAACGGUUUCGAGCGGUGGAUUGUUCCGCUACGUCCCAGUAGAGCUGUAUGGAGCUAGGAAACAUAUUCGAUGCUAUGCAUUCCUUGACGACGGUUCCGCCCUUACACUUAUGGAUCAGCAAAUUGCGGAUGAUCUUGAAUUAUUCGGAGCGGUCAGUCCCCUGUGUUUAAGAUGGACUGGAGGUACACACCGUUACGAAGCGAACUCCCAAAUUGUGUCGGUGGACAUAUCUGGGUGUGAAGGUAAAAAGUUUCAUCUCCGUGAGGUAAGAACUGUAGGGGAACUACAACUGCCAUAUCAAUCCCUCGACAUGGAAGAAUUGCAAAGGAAACAUCCGUACUUGUCAGGUCUACCGAUAAAUUCCUAUCACGAAGUACGUCCUCGCAUACUGAUAGGGUUGAAACACGCCAACGUCACCCUAGUUAGACGCAGUCGCGAAGGGAAACAGGGUGAACCAAUUGCUGUGAAAACCAAUUUGGGAUGGACGGUCUUUGGAGUUAUGCCCGCGGAGCAGUCUACGAAUAUGGUACAUUAUACCUACCACAUAUGUUCUUGUGAUGGAGUUUUGCAACAAGCUGUAAAAGACUAUUUUUCUCUCGAUAGCUUAGGAAUAGCGAAGUUAAGUCAUACGUUCAGUUCCAAUGAAGACGAGAGAGCUUUGUCACUAUUAAAUUCGCUAACACGUUGCAUGGGGGAACGCUUCGAGACGGGCCCCCUUUGGCGUUAUGAUGACGUUCGGUUGCCAGAUAGCAGACCUAUGGCUCUCAAACGGGCAAAAUGUCUUCGAAGCAGAAUGACAAAGAACCCUCAAUUGGCAGAUUCACUUAACAACCUAAUCGCCGAGUAUCAAUCGAAAGGUUACAUCCGAAAAGUUUCGCAGAGUGAAUUGGUUACGACUUCUCAGCGUGUGUGGUAUCUUCCAAUAUUCCCGGUUUUUAAUCCCAAUAAACCCGGUAAAUUGAGGAUUGUGUGGGAUGCGGCUGCGACGGUACAUGGAACCUCACUCAAUUCUGUUCUUCUGACUGGGCCAGAUCAGCUAACUUCACUCAUCUCAGUAUUGCAAAAAUUCAGAGAACAUCGAUUCGCAAUUUGUGGGGAUAUCCGUGAGGUGUUCCAUCAAGUUAGUAUUAGAAAAGAAGAUCAGCAAUGUCAACGAUUUUUGUGGUAUGAAGGUGACGAACAGGAGCCUAGUACAUUUGUGAUGCAGGUCAUGACCUUUGGUGCGUGCUGCUCUCCGAGUGCAGCUCAAUUUGUGAAAAAUAAAAACGCAAAGAGAUUCGAAGUCGAGUCCCGCGUGCCGCGGCUGCUAUAA